CUGCAUUUUGCCACUACAUGCGUUAGUGGCCCUCGAGACAUCGGCCUGGAUCGCACCGCUGUUCAUUCGUGCACAAUGCUGGCCGUCAUUGCGUGUACUCUCUUCGUUGUUAGUGCCUGCAUAUAUUGCUUCCGGACGACCCGUGGCUCGGUAACGUUGUUUAUUGUAGGCAGACCGAGAGUCCACCCCUGGAGCCUUGAUCUGGCGCUCCUCCUCCUCGAUCUAAUCGGGGGCGUUUCCACACCUGGGAGAUUCGAAGUUCCGCUACGCAACCUCUAGGUCUGUCCGCAAUGACUUGCACCGAGGGAAACUGUGACCCUGAAUGACGGGCGUGAUCAUGCCGAGACUGGUGGAGUUCUUGUCUUCGGCGCCUGCGCCUACGGACCUUGGAAGUCUUUCGAACACGACAUGUUGUGUAUGAGCUCCAUGCUGCAUGGCGAAGGCGUAUGGCAGCGAGCGACCGCCUCGUAAAGGUACUACACGGCGUUUCGUGCUAUCCCAGCAGGCUAGAGCGCUCUGUCUAGGACUUCAUGGCUCGGCGUUUAUUGACGCUGAUCAUAUCGCCGUAGGAGUUCGCACCCUCACCAUAUCAGGCUACUGGUUAGUUGAUGUGUGCGGAGGCUGCAAGAUACUCGUAAGACAGUUCGAUGAGGAGCUAUUGCGCUGUCCAUUUCAACUCACACAGGUCUUGUUUGGUUCAACGCUGUUGCGAGGCUAAAACGCUCCGCCUUUACAAUGCUUU